CCUCCGGGCGCUUGGGCCGGCGCCGAGCGAAGCGGGGCUGAGCGCUGCCCGCAGCCGCUCCCCGCACCGGCGGCAGCCCUGCCGAAAUGGGGCUGGUUUCAGAAGAUGCAGUGCACUAGAUGUGGUGUUUGGAACAGCAUUAGUCAUGGCAUCAGAACUAUGUAAAACAAUCUCUGAGGCAAAGUUGGAAAGGCACAAGAACUUGUUCUUAAAUUACCGAAACCUCCAUCACUUCCCUUUGGAGUUACUGAAAGAUGAGGGACUGCAGUACCUGGAGAGGCUUUAUAUGAAAAGAAAUUCCCUGACCACAUUGCCAGAAAACCUUGCACAGAAGCUUCCAAACCUCGUGGAAUUGUACCUUCAUUCAAAUAACAUAGUUGUUGUACCUGAAGCCAUUGGCUCCCUCGUUAAACUGCAGUUUCUGGACCUAAGUGAUAAUGCCCUCGAAAUUGUGUGUCCAGAGAUUGGCCGCCUGAGAUCUUUACGUCAUCUUCGCUUGGCUAACAACCAGCUGAAAUAUUUACCUGCAGAAGUUGGGGACCUGAGGGAGCUGCAGACGCUGGACAUUUCAACCAACCGUUUGAUAACGUUACCUGAAAGGCUGCACAUGUGCCUUUCACUGCAGUACUUGACUGCAGACCGAAACCACCUGUGGUAUGUGCCCCGCCACCUGUGCCAACUACCAAGCCUCAAUGAGCUCUCCAUGGCUGGAAACCGCCUUGCAUUUUUGCCACUUGAUUUAGGUCGUUCUCGGGAGCUGCAGUAUGUGUAUGUGGAUAACAACAUCCACCUGAAAGGCCUUCCGUCUUAUCUGUAUAAUAAAGUCAUCGGUUGCAGUGGUUGUGGUUCUCCAAUUCAAGUUUCAGAGGUGAAGCUACUCUCUUUUUCAUCGGGCCAGUUAACUGUGUUCCUGCCAGCAGAGGUGAAGUCUAUAGGGACAGAAACAGAUCGUGUGCUGCCUUUGCAAGAGCUGGCCAUGAGGACCCUAUAUAGCACCUACUACAGGUUUUUGAAAGAUUUGAACUUUCUGACUCCAAUCUCACUACCUAAAAGCCUCUUGGAAUUGCUGCACUGUCCCUUGGGACACUGCCACCGCUGCAGUCAGCCUAUGUUUACCAUUGUCUACCCAAAGCUCUUUCCCUUGAGGGAAACUCCAAUGGCAGGAUUGCAUCAAGGGAGGACAACUGUUAGUUUUGUGGCAUACUGCUGCUCCACCCAGUGUCUGCAGACUUUUGACCUACUGAGUUGAUAAACAUUUAGAACUACUCAGGAGUGCUGCCAGUUUAAAGCUGCAUUAGACGUCGUAUCCCAUUGGUACUGGAAUCCUGUGUGCGUGCCUGUGCCAAAGCAGCAGAAGUGCCUGGUUGGGAACACUAAGAGGCACUUAAAUCCUGCCCUAUCAAAUUUGGAUGAAGUGCACAAACUUUUCAGAAGUGUAAAUACCAAGCUUUUAAAAAGCAUUAACUUCUCUCUCUUCCAGGACAGCAUGCAAACCAAACAAAUUCACAAGCUCUGACUUCAGGAUUUCCAGUAUUCUUCAAAUGUGGCUGUCUUCAGGUUGCAUCAUUCGAGGCCAUUUUGAUUCCUCUAAUGGGGGAGGGGGAAAGUUCAAUUAUGACAAGUUUUCCCUUACUGCUUCCCCAUCCUCUUCACCCCUGCUUCAGCUGGAUUCAGGUCUAAAGAUCAAGCCUGUGGGAGGUUUCAAUGGAUCCUAGUGACUUUCCCAUAGAAUUUAUCUUUAUUUUCUCCCUCCCAUCUUAAUAGUUUCCCUGGAAGAGUUACUGCAGUUGUAUACCAAACCUUUCACACUUAUCUGUGGUAUUUAAAUCCACGUAUUACAAGCAGGUCUUUCUUUCUGGUAUUAUUAGAAACCACACUGAUUUAACUGGAGUAACUGGGAUAUGUCUGGAAACUAAAGACCCUGUUUCAGUGAAGAAGGCUGGUGCCAGCACUGAGUGGUCUUGAUCCAGCAUGUUUGAGGGAGUGUUUUCUUUAUUUUCAUCACUCAAGAUCUUUAUUUUUAAAAGCACUUCCUCUUUUGCUUCUCUGAACUCUUCAGGAAGAGGAUGACUUUAAGUAUCAAUUUCACUUGAACAAAACAAACCAGUAUUAUGGUAGCAAAUAUUUAUCUAUAUUUAUUUUUGCAGUUGCAGAGUGUAGAUCUGGAAAGAGUUGGUCUUCAUCUUUUUUCUAGAUUCAGCAUUGAGCUGGUUUUUGGAAGUGUCAGUGGAGGCUGGAUGGAAAUCCAGAGGGAGGUAUGUGUAUCACAUUCACAUAUGCACACCUAGGUAUCUUUACAGAAGGGCUGCAACACUUAUUUUCCUCUGUUAAAGGCAGGUUUUGUGUAAAUUCCCACUCACUGUUUUAUUUGUGGGAAUCCUUUUUUUCCUUAGAUCUUCCUCAUUUCAAAUAAAGGACAAGGGAUAGGGAAAAAGGGCCCAAAAUUGCCUGCAGGACUUAAAAUUCUAAUUUUGUACCAAAACAGUUUAUACAAAAUUAGCCCCUCCUGACUUCUUUUAGAACAUAGCAUUUUUUUUUUCAUAUAAUAUGUUCAUUUAUUACAUUCUAUUUCUUAGUUGCAAACUACUUGUUGAUUUAGCACAGUGUGUUGCUCUGUGCAGUAGGUAGUUACAAGCUGAAAUAGAUAUGAAUGAAACAGUUUGUUAUAAAAAUGGCAAGAUAAAGAGACUUAUUUGGUAGUGUAUUAGCAUAUGUUGUGGUGAGGUGUGCUUACUUCGAAGGGAGCAGGCAUUAAAAUGUUUUCCUUUUGCCAAAGAAGCAUUUGUUCCCGCUGCAGGCUUCCUGGCAUCUCCUCAAUAAAUAGAAUAUCUUUAAGAGCUUAUAAGAGUACCAAAAAGGCAGUUUUGAGGGUGGAAUUUUUAGGUUGUGCUUGUUACUUGUAAAAGCUUUGCUGGUUUUAUUGGGUUGGUUUUAGAGAGUUGAAUUAGCAUUAAGAAAUGUAGAACUUAAUCCUUCAGGAAUGCAAGUAUCAUCUACUGUUUAAGAAUUGUGAAACUUUCUAAAAUAAAUCCCAUUUAUUAAAUCUGCUUUGCAGUAGGGGAAAGAGCCAUGUCCAAGCAGGCUUUGUGCGAUUGGAUUUCUGACUCUUGUCAUUGCACUCAUUUGUUUCAGUGUUGGUAUCCCCAACAGGCCUUCCUACCCAACAGGGUUUGCUGCUGAAACAGCGAAAUCAAUCUUCAGCUUUUUCUUUCCUUCAGUACUACACAAUUGACAUGUAUUUGCUCAUGUACAGUCAUACCUUUGUCAGAAGUGUGCGAGUGUAGUGCAGACUCCCGUUUAUUGAAAUGGAAGAUAAGAGAACUAUGGUAGUGUUACAAAUACUAAUUUUUGAUACAGUACACUGAUCCAGAAUUUUUGGUAUUUUUACUGUGGCUUCCUCUGUUUUUGAAGGAGCUGUUUGGUUGGAAGUUUUUGUCUUCUUUCUAUAGCAACUUAUGGGCUUUAAAACACAGUUAAAUCUCCAAAUUAAAUCUUUACAUCAAGUAAAAGACAUUGGUGUUUGUUUUACUGGGAGUCAGACAGUAAAAUAGUAUAAGCCAGUAAGAGUGGAGCUUGAUUCUUUUCUUUUUUUAAAACUGUUUCUUUCUUAUUUCCACAAUCUAUUUUCUACCAAGUGCAUAUCAGUCUCUUUAUUAUUGUCUACAAGUGCAGUUCAGACGAAAUUCUAGUCUCUUCUAUAAGUGGGUUGAAUCUUAACUAACAUUUUAAUAGGUGAUAUUUCAAGAAAGGAAUGUUUGAUGAAUAAAUUUCUUACAUAAGCAAUUGAUGCUGAAAUGUCAUACCCUAUUUUUAUAAAACAAGGAAGAGGAAAGCCAAGAUACAGACUGAAAAUGCAGCUUAAAUUCCUGUUUCUCUGGUUUAUUUUCUUUCUAUGCGAACAGUGUUUGUAUUCAUCCCUAUCAUUGGCUGAUAUUGUUCAAGAUUAAAAUAACUCCAUUCUCACUUGUCCAAAAUUUUCUAAAGUUGUUGUACUGUUAAGAGUAUUUCAUAAGUAGCUAACAUGAGAGCCAGCUGUGCAAGUUGCAGCGAGUAGAGGGAGCUUGUUCCUGAUUGAACUGUGCAUCACUUGUUUUUCAAUAGGAGGUGUCACAAUGCUUGGACUUCCUUUAGUAUGUUUUAUUUCUAGGUAGUUUUUGAUUGCUUGCUUUUCUUCAUCAGGUUCACACUGAGAGAUUUUUUUCCUGCAAAAAGUUUGCUUCCAGCAGUUGAAAAAAAAAUCACCGUUUUGAAACUGAUUUUUGUCACAAAAGUAGAUCUUUAUUUUGCUUAGGGUGUGAAGAGAAGUUUCUGGUGAGGGGUUUUUUGUCAUUGUUUUGGUGCUUUUUGUAGACAUUAUGAAGAAGACAUUACAGGAAAGAAAUGAGAGAAAGUCUUUAACCUAUUGUUACUGUUAUAAAAUUUCUCAGAAUAUUGAUUAAUUGCUAAUGUGAUUAGGGAGCGUGGUUGUAAUUUUUGCCUGUUGUGAUGACAUGCACCAUGUUGAUAAAAUUGAGACCCUAGGACUUAGAGAUAAUUUUUUGUUCUGCCACAAAGGAAAGAGGAACCUCUGGCUUUGUUUAAAAAUACUACUAGAGUGAUUUCACUGUGGACACUUCCAUUUGGAGCACUGUUCUUGGAAGCUUCCUGUUAUUCCUCCAGAGGGUCAGAAAUACAAAUGCCUUCUUUCCUGUUCGAAGAACAAGGUCUAAUAUCAAGAAGUGUGUAUUUUUCUGGUUUGGCCUGAUGCUUCUCUUGGGCUCUUACUGAAGUUCAUUACAAACCUUCUAUUUACUUCAUUGCGGUGAGGUUAAGAUCUUACACUGAGUGGAGCGGAGCUGUUUAUUGCCAAGUUGGCUUCAAUUCUUAUAGAUCAAAUUCUGCUGAAUCCUUUUUUCUGGCAUGAAAGCAGGACGAGACCGUCCUGAGACCCAUGUGGUAACGGCGUGUCAGGUUUUACUGACAUCACAGCCAAGCUGAAGACUGGACAGUGACAAACCUUUCACUAGAGAGGAUGACAUUUUAGGUUUUUUGAAGGCCACUGCAGCCCCAUCAGAGUACCACUGAUAACAGAAGAACAUUUCUCUUGAUAUCAGGAGAGAAUGGAUCAAGUUUUAAUUGCUGAGAGAAAAGAAUGUGUUUCCCAGAACUUUUCUUGCAAGAACUGCAACAUUGACACUGAAGUCCAUACCUGCUGCUAGGCAGCCUCUGUAUCUGCAGCUGAACUUACAUAAUUCCAAGACCUAACUAUAUCUUUGCCUCUUACCUCCCUCUUAGUACUACUCACAUUGUUGCAAAAUAUUAUAGUUAACCUGUGAUGGAAGAGGCUGAGUAAAUUUAAUCCAGGGUUUUUACUACUUUUUGUAUUACAGACCUAUUUUGUAAGAGACCAAAGGUCUGUUGGGAAGAAAUGGCCAAGGUUCAUGUGAAGUCUUCAUUGCUUUUGCUUUUAUGUGCCCUUCUUUGGAUUACAACUUGAACUUGGAUUGCAAUGGAGUUUGUUCUGUGUCUGUUGAGAGCAUAUGUGUAUUGCUUUUCUGCUGUGCAUUAACCAAGUGUCACUUAGUGUGAAGGUGAGCUCGGUAGAUUUUUAUUUCAUGUUAGUGGUGCAAUUUACUAUACGUGCUUGUUAAUAAACUAUAUUUUUGGAUAGAA